GUUUAAAGAAACAUGGUGUCUAAUUUUGUAAUUCAAUAAAUUUACUGUUCAGUGCCUUUUAUGGUUGGUUCAGUUCAAGUUUCUCUCGACCACGCACAUAUCAACUUCUUCUCGUAAAUCUUUGGACCCAACACAACACCGUUUCUUCAGUGUCUCGUUACAAUAUAAUUGAAGAAUGGAUGCCAAUAGGGGUCAGAAUGGAAUUCAGCUCCUGCUAGCUGCAGAACAGGAAGCUCAGCAUAUUGUUAAUGCUGCCAGAAGUGCAAAAAUGGCUAGACUGAAACAAGCCAAGGAAGAGGCUGAGAAAGAUAUUGCUGAAUUUCGAGCUCACGUGGAAGCACAGUUUCAGAGGAAGGUUGCAGAGAGUAGCGGGGACUCUGGUGCUAAUGUGAAGCGGCUGGAGCAAGAAACAGAAACAAAGAUUCAUCACCUCAAGACAGAGGCUUCAAGAAUUUCUCAUGAUGUUGUACAUAUGCUUCUGAAGCAAGUGACAACAGUAAAGAACUAGGACUCUUUUCUAAGCUAAGAGGGUAAAUGCAUUAAAUGCUCUCUUUCUGCAAGUACGAUUUUGAUUCAGAUAUUGAUGUUCUGACUCAGUGAGGUUGCAUGCUUUUCAGUUGUUUCUAAAGUAUUUGUAAUUUGUAUUGCUUUGAUUAUGUUCCUUUAUAAAAUAAAUUACUCAUAUUUAUUAUUGCCCCUCCUAGAAACCUAACUUCUUUUGGAGGAGGUCUUGUUUGUUAUCCUGUGUAGCAAUAUUGUAUUUUCCUUAAAUUACAGUUGUCUUGUUGAUUUCUUAUA